UAAAUUCAUCUGUCUCUUUUAUCAUCUCUCCUGUGGAGUAUUACCCAGUGUUAAUUGUCUUCCUAUUAUCCAGCCCUUUUAUCCCAGAGUGAGGGAAUUGAUGAGGAUAUGUGCAUUGUGUUAUGUCUGAUCACAGUUUGACUAGCACAGUCUGGAAGUGGGUUGUACAGGAUGAGAGCAGCAGCCUAAUUGCUCUCCCUGCAUCAGCAGCAUCUAUAAAGCAUCCUGGGAAUUGCUCGCCCCAUGUUCAGAGCAGCUGGUCACAUGAGCCUGGAUUUUCAGUUCAGUUCAUUAGUCAGCCAUUUUGGUCAACACCCUGCUUACUGCGCACAACCAAUCCUAUUAGAACUCAGCAUCCCGGCUCAUCUGAGCAGAUCCUGGAAGUGAUUUCUGCAGUUCAGGAUUUUUUUUAAGCUAAAUUGAAAAUAUUGGUUUAUUUUUCAGGGUUGUUUUUUUUUUGUUUUUUUGUUUUGUUUUGUUUUGUUUUUUUCCUGCACAAAGGAGGAUUUUUCACUUACUCAUGCAGAGGCCAGUUUUUUAAAGCCAGCUAAGGUGGCAUCAGCUGUGCAGGAUUUAAAGCCGAUAGCUCAGCUGAAAAAGGAGGGGGUAGGGAAGAGAAGAUAAAAGGAGAGAAGCUAGGAGAAGACCAGGCAUCAUCUUAUUUUGCUAUGUGGUAGGAACUAUCUAUGAGAAAAGAUAGUAUUAAAUUGUUUAUCUUGAGCAAUUGCUUCUUAAACCGUAGGCAUUUUUCCUUGUGAUUUGUUUUCAUCUCCCCCACCCCUUUUCUUGAGAGCUUUGUUCCAGAGCUUUGGAUUUGGGGUUUUUUGGUGAGGAGGUUUUAUUUAUUUUUGUUGGGGUGAGUGUGUGUGUGAGUGUGUGUGUGUGAGUGUGUGUUGUGGUCCCAGCUGAGUCAUCAUGUCUGCUCUGACGCCUCCAACCGAUAUGCCAACCCCCACCACUGACAAGAUCACACAGGCUGCCAUGGAGACCAUCUACCUUUGCAAAUUCCGAGUGUCUAUGGACGGAGAAUGGCUCUGCCUGCGAGAGCUGGAUGACAUCUCACUUACACCUGACCCAGAGCCUACCCAUGAAGAUCCUAAUUAUCUCAUGGCUAACGAACGCAUGAACCUGAUGAACAUGGCCAAGCUGAGUAUCAAGGGCUUGAUUGAAUCUGCUCUGAACCUGGGGAGAACUCUGGACUCAGACUACGCACCCCUCCAGCAGUUCUUCGUGGUGAUGGAGCACUGCCUGAAACACGGCUUGAAGGCUAAGAAAACUUUCCUUGGACAAAAUAAAUCCUUCUGGGGGCCUCUAGAAUUGGUAGAAAAGCUUGUUCCAGAAGCUGCAGAGAUAACAGCAAGUGUUAAAGAUCUUCCAGGACUUAAGACACCAGUAGGCAGAGGAAGAGCCUGGCUUCGUUUGGCAUUAAUGCAAAAGAAACUCUCAGAAUAUAUGAAAGCUUUGAUCAAUAAGAAGGAACUUCUCAGCGAAUUCUAUGAACCCAAUGCCCUCAUGAUGGAAGAAGAAGGAGCCAUAAUCGCUGGUCUCCUGGUGGGUCUGAAUGUCAUUGAUGCCAAUUUCUGUAUGAAAGGAGAAGACUUGGACUCUCAGGUUGGAGUUAUAGAUUUUUCAAUGUAUCUCAAGGAUGGGAACAGCAGUAAAGGUAGUGAAGGAGAUGGCCAGAUUACUGCAAUUCUGGAUCAGAAGAACUAUGUAGAAGAACUCAACAGACAUCUAAAUGCUACAGUAAACAAUCUUCAGGCAAAAGUGGAUGCAUUAGAAAAAUCCAACACUAAACUGACAGAGGAGCUUGCAGUUGCAAACAAUAGGAUUAUUACCCUACAAGAAGAAAUGGAACGAGUUAAAGAGGAAAGCUCCUACAUAUUGGAAUCCAAUCGGAAGGGUCCUAAGCAGGACAGAACUGCAGAAGGGCAAGCACUGAGUGAAGCCAGAAAGCAUUUAAAGGAGGAGACACAAUUGCGACUGGAUGUUGAAAAAGAACUGGAGAUCCAGAUCAGCAUGAGACAGGAGAUGGAAUUAGCUAUGAAGAUGCUGGAGAAGGAUGUCUGCGAGAAGCAGGACGCCCUGGUGUCGCUGCGACAGCAGCUGGAUGACCUCAGGGCUCUCAAGCAUGAACUUGCCUUUAAGCUGCAGAGUUCAGACUUAGGAGUAAAACAGAAAAGUGAACUAAACAGUCGUUUGGAAGAGAAGACUAAUCAGAUGGCUGCUACCAUCAAACAACUCGAACAAAGUGAAAAGGAUUUGGUGAAACAGGCAAAGACCUUAAAUAGUGCAGCAAAUAAACUGAUCCCAAAACAUCAUUAGGCAUUUGCAUUUGGUCACCUCGCAAGUCUGAUGUACAACUUAAUUGUAAAGAAAGAAAUCUGAAAGUUAUUACAUUUAAGCUCUGAUUCUACAUAAAAUGUCACCAAAAAUUGACUCUGAAUUUGUUGGACUUAAAAAAAAAAACAAUUUGAUAUCUAGGCCGUGGGUUUUUUCUUCUUUACUUUCUCCCCAGAGUUAGAACAUUUAGUAUAAGUUCUUAAUUAAUUGCCAAGUAAACUUUGAGAAAUUACUUUGUUGACCAAUAAGUAAACACACCAUUUAAAUGUUGACCGAUAAAGAAACACACCAUUUAAAAAAAAAAAAAAAAAAACAGCCUAGGGAAUGGACGCUCUGUGCAUAUAUUAUUGAUGCCUUUACAGCCCAGGCCCAGACAAUAUCAGAUUCUAGGUGUGCUGUCCGUACCAGCGAGCCUGCUCUGCCUUGCAGUGUAAUGAACCACAGGUGACAGCCGUAUGGACUUGGACUCUUCUACAGUCGCUCUGUCUCGUAGGCCAUGGUCCCUUUCCACUUUCCUUGUGUAGGUUUACUCCCCAAGCCACGGAUAAGUACUUAGUAUUUCACUACAGUUCUGUUCUCAGUAACCAAGAUUGCUUGCAACUUUUUUGCCUUAGUGACUUUGGGGGGGGCGGGGAACCCACAUCCUUACAUUUCUUUAAAGUAUAGAGAUAAAGUUAGUGAUUAGGUAACUUAUGAUAACAUAAUGUGGAAGCUUGGAAAACCCUCCUAAUAUUUGUCAUCUUCUACCUCUGCCAUUUUCCUGCAAUUCCACUUCCUAUUUAGGUAGCUCAGAGAGAAUAAUUUUAAUGAAAAAACUCGUCUCCCAUAAAAACAAAAACAAAAAACACGACAUUACACAAUUUUCAGAUCUAUUCUGCUUUUCCUUUUGGAGUAAAGACAACAAGGUAUAGACAUGAGUGAUGGUUUCCCACCUGUCAUUUCUUGCUAGAGACAUUUACUUAAGAGUUUCUGUUACUUUCUGUUCAGAUGGGGAUUUGCUAAUGUCUCUGGGAAACUAACAAUCUAAUUAUUAGAAAACCAUUUCAGCGUAGGAAACAGAUACAUGAUAAACUCUUUAUUAUUUAGUCUAAAAAUAAAAAUUCCCAGUAGGUAUCCAUACAUAGUAAUUAGCAGGGCUUCUUUUUCUAAGUGACCACAGUUCUACUCCCCUUUCUAGGCUUUACAUUGUAAAUAAUCCUAUAAAUACUUGGAUUUUUUUUUUAAUGACUUUUGAUUUGGGGGAACAGGCUUUACAUAAGCCUUCAUUCCUUCAAAAAGUCUUGGCAGAAAAAAAAAUUUUUUUUCUCAUUUUGUUAUGAUUUGCAGCAUUUCAGCUGCUUAGGUGGGAACAAAGAUAACCCCCCUUUGCUUCCAGCUUUUGAAACUCUUUACCUUCUUCUUGGAAAAACCAGAAUUAAGAGAGUAAGAGAUUUCACACGUGCUUCUAUAGGUCCUUACAGACUUGAACCAAAGUCAAGUCAAAGAGCAUAUGACCAACCUCACGGAAUAACGUGUGCUCUUGAACUUAUUUUAGUUCUUAUAAUUUUGCACCUAUUCUUAUCUUCAUCAACCUUUUGUGGUGAUGAGUUGCCUUUUCUAUGAGCAUUUGGAAAGAGUGCUCAACCACUAAAAUAAAACGUUUUAAAGACUACAGGUAGCAUGCUUUCCAAUUCUAUUCUAUAGAGCCCCAGAUGUUUCACCCCUUAGAACAUGGUUCUUUAUAGGUGCAAAGUUAUGGGAUAUAUAGAAGAAAACAUUCAUUAGAAUUUUUUAGAGAAUAUGAUCAGGAAUCUUACAUAGGCCCAGUGCUGAGUUGUUUGUCCACUUGGUCACACACCACCUGGUAGGAAUGGAAAGGGAAAGAGACGGCCAAACUCUGACAAAGGCUUUUCCUUAGAGAAGAACUCAAAGCCUAGGUUAAGGGUUAAUGUACAAUGUCAGUGAUUUAAUAUAAGUUGUGGUGUAGGGAAAGGACCAGGAAAAUGUUCUAAUUUCACAUAUAAGAAAGUAGUUGCCCAUUUGCAAGUUCCAGUUAUGUGUGUAAAGCAGAAAUAUAAGGUACCAGACCUAUUAGGAAAUAAACACGAAAAAGUGGGUUUAACUUUAAUGGACUGUGUUGGCUUUGGAUAUGGAUUUUCUAAAAAGUGAUGUUUUAUUGUUUAUCACCUAAUGGCUGUAAACUGUAGUACUAGAAUAAAAAAAAAAUGGAAAAUCAA